AUGCUUGGCAGCAGCGGUGGCUGCCAAUCGCUGCCUUUGGUGCAACCUGGACUGCACCAAGACUUGGCAGUGCAGCCUGGCGCGAUGAUGGCAAUGCAUCCAAUGACCGCGCUUAUGGCCAUGCAGAUUUGCAUCUUGAGCUGGUGGAGCUGGAACCGCUGGUGGAGCUGUAGCUGGUGCUGGUGGGGGCGCUGGAGGUGCUGGUGCUCCAGGACUGAUGUCGAUUCUUCGACUCUCCAUGUCUUUUGUUUGCAGCACCUCCGGGCUGUUGCCCUGGAUGUAGCCACCUUGGCUGACUUCUCACAGAGUCAUAACCGGGACCUGUCAGUUGAGGUUGAAGCAUUUCCUUUUCAACUAGCUCUUGAGCCUAGAAAUGCAAAAAGUCUCACCCUGGAUCCUGGAAACUCACCAGCCAUCGUCCCAACUGGCUGCGUGACUCGUGGGACGCACAAAGAACUCACAGUGAUCAGCGUGCGACUCCCCGACAUCCUGAGGUCCUUGCAAUCCUCUAUAGCCUGGAAAGCAGCUAAGUGGUCCCGUGGACGUGCCAACGUGUCUCAAGACUUCCAAGAAGUGGUGCGAACCUACGAGGGCCAAUUGUAUCACGAAUGCUAUGGCCUUGAAACCUUGCCUACGGAUCCGCUGUUCCAUGAGCUUCUGCUGGCAUUCGAUCCGGACCUGAAGGAUGAGAUUGAUGAGUACAUGACGAAGUACGCUCCGUCAUCAUCUACGGAUGAUGACGAUGGGAAUGGAGAUGAGGAUGAUCCUGAUGCCCAGCAGGAUUACGCUGCUUUCAAUGCUUGGUUGGACCAGUUGAGCAAGGGUGAGGCCGCGCCUUCGCGUCCUGCAGUUUCUCGACCUCCGCCCAAGGAUGCGAAGCCUGAGGCUGAUGCGCCGCAGGUCGGUGGGUCUGUGAAGUCUCCAGCAUCUGGGUCUACGGUUGGCACUUGCAAGCAAAAGAUGCUGGAAUUGAAGGCCAAGAUUGCAGCCAGGAAGGCUGCACUCGCUGAGCUCCUUGGCUUGGUCGGUGGUUUGGGGAAGGAAGCCGCAGAUCUUCUGAAACAAGCGCAGGACGAACGAUUGAGACGUGGUAGCAAGGAGGACACUCUUGAUACAUUGCCUCUGGACCUUGACGUGAUCGUGGAGGAUCACGAGCCAUUGGCGGUGGCUGAUGCGAAGGAGGAUGGGAAGGAAGAUGAUCAGCGGGAGGUGGCGGAGGUUCCCUUGGCAACGCCCCAGAACUCAUUCAUGCUCUCAGACUCCUUUGACUAUGACAAGCCGACCAAUGACGGCACAGAUCCCAGCAAAGCAGCCAAGAAGGAGGUGCUCACUCGCCAAGAUCAGCUCGCUUGUAAGAAGAAGGGCAAGACACCAACUGAGGCUGAGGAGGACCCUGGCAACACUGAACCUGGUGAUGUGGAGCAGCACAAGAGAGGUACCCGUGCACCAAAGUCCAAUUGCAAGGGGAAAGCCAAAGGGGAGGCAAAGAAGAAAGCUUCGCCAAAAAAGCGAGGGAGGAAGCCAAAGACAGAGAAAGCUGGAGAAGAGAAAGAGGAGCUGAAAGCCCCAAAGGCAGCUCCAAAGAGAAAGAAGUCCGAAGCCGUGGAGGAACCAGUCAAUUGCAACCUUUUCCAUGGUGAAGAACCCGAGGAGGAGUUGGCGGAGGAUGACCCGGCUGUUGAAGACAGUGAUGAAGAACCACCAGUGAUGAAGAGGCCGGCUUCCAAGAGAACUAGAACUAAAUCUGCUCAAUCAACUGGGGCUACGCAUGGCAGUGAUGAUAGCGAUGAGGAUGUGAAGCCCAAGGCAAAGGCGAAUGCAACGGGGAAGCGCAAGGCAGGCCCCAAGAAGAUUCCCAAGGCUGAGAGUAAGAGAAAGGCAAAGGCGAAGGCUAAGGCCAAGAGUCGGCCUCAGCCUGUGGAGAAUGUGGCAGCGAUGGAAGAUGACACCAUGAAGGGCGUGUUCCUGCAGCACAUGAAGGAGGUGAAGGACUGCACCUAUGAUGAUCUCAAGGAGGUGUUGAACUCGAAGAAGGUGGAGUGCAAGGUGACCAAGGGUUGCUUGCGAUUCAACAUCUACUGGACCAGGUGUUCCGGUGCGGCGUCUUUGUGCUUGCAGCCCCCCAAGUGGGUUGAUGCGGCCAGCUUUGCUUUCAAGGCCGGCACAUGGAAUAUGCGAAUGUCGAUCCAAUGGAUGGAUUCAGUUGAGAUGGAGAUCCUGGAAGCCUAUCUCGAUCCCACCGGCGCAUUCCAGAUGGAGCUGGCGAAGAUUAAGUUCAAUGCCCAGCGUGCUAUCGAUGAGCUGAGCAGCAAGAUGUGA